AGGCGAAGUGGUUUGACGGGCAGUCGAGGUUGCAGUAGGCAGAGGGAGACGGUGGAAGGUAAGCAGGGAGGCAGCAUCAUGGCGGACAGAGACAGUGGCAGUGACCACGGAGGGCCCACCGCAGGCCCUGGCUCGCUGCCUCCGGGUACGAUGGGCGCAGCAUCUCGACUGCAGCACGACACGGAGGAGCUCGCAUCCAAGCGCGUCGACAUUCAGAACAAGCGCUUCUAUCUAGACGUGAAGCAGAAUGCGAAAGGCCGCUUCCUAAAGAUAGCCGAGGUCGGAGCUGGGGGAAAUAAGAGCCGCCUCACUCUCUCUAUGUCAGUGGCCGUUGAAUUCCGCGAUUAUCUCGGGGAUUUCAUCGAACAUUACGCCCAGCUGGGCCCAAGCAACCCUGACAUUGUGCAGGACGAGCCCCGGCGGGCGCUCAAGAGUGAAUUUCUGGUGCGAGAGAAUCGGAAAUAUUACAUGGAUCUGAAAGAGAACCAGAGGGGGCGGUUCCUUAGGAUCCGUCAGACCGUUAAUCGGGGGCCCGGAUUGGGAAGCGCACAAGGCCAGACCAUCGCGUUACCAGCGCAGGGACUCAUUGAGUUCCGCGACGCUUUGGCCAAACUCAUCGAUGACUACGGUGUGGACGAGGAACCGGCAGAGCUACCCGAAGGCACCUCCUUGACUGUCGACAACAAGCGUUUCUUCUUCGACGUGGGCUCCAAUAAGUACGGAGUCUUCAUGCGGGUCAGCGAGGUGAAACCUACGUACCGGAACUCCAUCACUGUUCCGUGCAAAGUAUGGUCCAAAUUCGGCAACACGUUCUGUAAAUAUGCGGAGGAGAUGAGGAAGAUUCAGGAGCGGAGUAGAGAAAAACGAGCAUCCGAAAUGCUACCAGAAGGCCCGCACGGCGACGAAGGAGAGGAUGAUUGACUGAUAGGAUUAAAGCAAAAAAAAAGAGAAGAAAGAAAAUGCAUACAUAACAAGAACUGACUUAAAAAUCGGACUUUUACUGUAAAAUAGAAAGAAAGAAUUCCAAGGGAAUCACCCCCGACACAAUCUCCACACUACACAGACUGGCAGUAUUCAAACCUCGCUCAUACUGGAUGUCACCCAACCAUUUUAACAAGAAUUUCUUAACUGAAUUAUGGCCUUUCCUGACUCCAUGAAGAUGGUGCUUAAUUUGGCUUUAACAUCUAUCUUCUCAACCGACUUCCUGACGUCACCAUACCUUGCAUCUUACUGUAUACUUCAUUACUUUCUGUUUAUGUACUUUCACUACCUUAUUAAAUUUCUGUUGAUGGCAAACUGUGUGCUGUUUUGUACCUUGUUGUUUUAAUGUUGGAAAGCCUAUUGUCGUCUGAAAAAUGACUAAUUGCAAUAAAAAGUCAUUCCUCA